AUGCAAUCAGAGGAACAAUUUGCAACUAGUCUGCAAGAAAAUUCAUCCAUUCAAAGCUCACUUACACAGAAAAAACCUGUUAGUCUUGUGGAUAAAGAUAAAUUAGACCCUUCUUUACGUGCAUUUUAUAAGAAAUAUGGUGAUGUUGAUGUUGAAUUUAUUGAUCCUCCUGUCCAAUCACCAUGGUUUAGUAAACCUUAUGCGUUGAAUUAUUUCCAUAAGGGUAAGCUGUUUAGAACUAGAGGUUUACAAAGGAGUGCUGGUAAAUUAGAAUUGUUUUUAGAUUUGGUUUAUGUUGGUAUUGCAUCAACUUUAGCAUCAACUGCAUUGAAAGAACCAACAGGAGCUAGUUUUUUGAAAUUUGUCUUGUUAUACAUGCCUGCUAUUACGAUUUGGUCUGAUUUGAAAGAUUUUAUGAAUUACUAUUAUAAUGAUGAUUUGAUACAGAAAAUUUACGUGUGUUGGACUGAGUUGUUAUUGAUAGUUUAUGAUAAUAACUGUGAAUUUGCAGAUACAAGUACAAAAGCUUUAAGGACGGCAGUUGUUGCUUAUUUCUUGUCAAGAUUCACAUUAGCCAUAAUGUUGUUAUUCUAUUCAUUUUAUAUCAAACAACAUAGAAUACAAAUGAGAUUAUAUUGUUUAUCAUUAGCAAUCACUAGUUCAUGUUGGUUCUUUAUAUUUUUGAUCAACGAUACAAAAGGGAAAUGUAUCUUUGCUGGACUGAUGUACAUUUUAGAACAUAGUCAGUUUUUGUUAAAUGUGAAUCCUUGGUUUAUCAAAAAAUUAGGAUUGGAAUACACUUCUGCAUUGAAUAUAGAACAUGAAGACGCAAGAUAUCAAGGUUUUUACAUUAUUGCAAUUGGGCAAUUCUUGACGACCACAGUGAUGAAAAAUCCCCUAAGCACGGGCUGGAACCCUAAAUUACAUAAGGGAUUUUCAUUAUUGUUUGAUGCUUUUGUGUUUUUAGGAUUGUAUUCAAAUAAAGACGGAUGUAUCACUGCUGUUCAUGCUUUAAGAAGAAAUGCUACAACAGGUGCACUUUAUAUUUACACUCAUAUUGUUUUGAUUGCUAGUAUGCUCCUUUCAGGUAAUGCGGGUAUUACAUUAGCUUCUGAAAUAACUACUGAUUAUCUAGAUCCAAGUAAAAGAGGUGUUUUGAUAUAUUUCCAUGCUGGAAUUUUAGCAGCACUUGGUUCAUUGACUUUGUUGUCAUUAUUGGAUAAGGAUUUAGAUGAACCUGGUCAUCAUAAAGUUAAUAGAAUUAUAAGGAUAAGUGGUAGAAUACCUACUGGAUUGAUAAUGUUGGGUAUAACUUGGGCUGAUCAACUUUUAACAAUCAAAUCUAUCAUGUGGUUGGAUUGUUUAUUCUUGAUGUUGUUGUUCAUUUACGAAUUUCUAGUCAUGAAUUCAUUUGAGUUUCACAACAUUAGAGCAUCAAAGAGUCAAGAGGUAUAG